GAUGGAUGAAAGAAAGACAGACAGAUUGUGUGGGGACCAAAGUGAGAUUAGAAAGAAGACUAAACAAACUCACCAUUGAAGGUGCUGCUGACCACUGUUUCUAUAUAAUCAUGUCCAAUCAAAGCCCGAGUUCUUAGCAAUGGCCAGAGGUUCUAUUUUUAAUUAUUAUAUGUACUUGGGAAACAGCUCCUGACUGCCAUACGACACCGUCUUUAACUUUGUUAGUUGUUGCUACUCAUUUACCAGGACCAUAAAUCGGGACCCUUUGCCUUCUUCAAUAUAUAGCCGGACUUACUUUCAUUUCAUUGUCCACUUCCUACUUCGUAAACAGUUUCAGUUCAAACAACUCAAAGACAGAUGGCUAGAGAUAUGCAAAAGAACACUGUAUUUAUCGAACAACAAGACCCUGAAGCAUAUCAUCAGAACUUUGUUGAAGAUGAUGGCCGAGAAAAAAGAACUGGGACAUGGAUAACUGCUAGUGCCCAUAUUAUAACGGCCGUGAUUGGUUCUGGGGUUCUGUCAUUGGCAUGGGCCAUAGCUCAGCUUGGUUGGGUGGCUGGACCAGCCGUUCUCUUAGCCUUCUCAUUCAUCACAUAUUUCACGUCCACUUUGCUCGCCGAUUGCUACAGGUCUCCGGACCCUGUUACCGGAAAAAGAAACUACACCUACAUGGAUGUUGUGAGAGCCAAUUUAGGAGGUGGGAAAGUUCGGCUGUGUGGGUUGGCUCAGUAUGGAAAUAUCAUUGGAGUUACUGUUGGUUAUACCAUCACUGCGUCUAUCAGUAUGGUAGCUAUCAAAAGGUCAAAUUGUUUCCAUAAAAAUGGGCAUCAUCAUGCGAAGUGCUCUACAUCGAACAAUACCUCCAUGAUUACCUUCGCCUGCAUUCAGAUUGUUCUUUCCCAAAUACCGAAUUUCCACAAGCUGUCAUGGCUCUCAAUUAUCGCCGCCGUUAUGUCGUUCGCUUAUUCCACCAUAGGUCUUGGCCUUUCCAUAGCCAAAGCUGCAGGUGGUUCGCGAGGAAGAACAACUCUUACGGGAACCACAAUUGGGGUAGACGUGACGGCAGCAGAGAAGGUUUGGAGAACAUUCCAGGCAAUUGGAGAUAUUGCCUUUGCUUAUGCCUACUCUACAGUGCUCGUUGAAAUUCAGGACACGUUGAAGUCCACUCCACCAGAGAACAAAUCCAUGAAAAGGGCGAGUGCCGUCGCCGUCUCAACGACGACCCUGUUCUAUGUACUGUGUGGUUGCAUUGGUUAUUUAGCAUUUGGAAAUAUCGCACCUGGGAAUUUCCUCACUGAUUUUGGAUUCUACGAGCCUUUUUGGUUGAUUGAUAUAGCGAAUGUGUGCAUAGCUGUGCAUCUAAUUGGCGGUUACCAGGUCUUCUGCCAACCCCUAUUUGGCUUUGUAGAGAAAUGGAGCUGCAAACGCUACCCAGAAAGCAAGUUCAUAAACACUGAGCAUGGUGUUAACAUUCCAUUUUUGGGGGUAUAUUAUGUGAACAUGUUCAGGUUGGUGUGGAGGACAGUAUACGUUAUUGUGACAGCGAUAAUAGCCAUGAUAUUCCCAUUCUUCAAUGACUUCGUCGGCCUUAUUGGAGCGGCUUCAUUUUGGCCAUUGACGGUUUAUUUCCCCAUAGAGAUGUACAUUGCCAGGUCCAAAAUGCAGAAAUUUUCCUGCGCUUGGGCAUGGCUGAAAAUACUAAAUUGGGCUUGCUUGAUUGUAUCACUUGUUGCCCUUGCUGGAUCCGUUCAAGGCCUCAUCCAGAGCCUCAAGACAUACAAGCCCUUCCAAGCUCAGCAAUAGUCUUUCAAGUAACCUUCCUAGGAGCCAUAUGUAAUAGUUUAAAAUAAAGAACAAUUUCGUGGGUUUGUAACCGAUUUUCUUAAACUACCAAAGUAGAACGUUGUCAGUGGCAGCUCCAUAACAAAUGGACAAAUGCCUUUUUGACGUAUCAUCAACUUCCUAAUGAAGUUCAGUAGUUGAAAAUUACAUUAAA